GGGGAAGAAGACUUCGGAGGCUAAUAGUUGGAGCAUACGAAAGCAGACGACAUUUCUCGAUUAGUUUCGCUUGAGAGAGUGCUAGCCAUGUCAGCUUAUAAAACUGGAAAAUUGAUCAUCGAAGGGAAGACGAAGCAGGUGUUCGAGCUCCUGGAGGAUCGAACACUAUGUCUGUUGCAGAGCAAGGACAGGAUCACCGCUGGGGAUGGAGUCAAGUCUCAUCAACUUGCCGGAAAAGCCGCGAUCAGUACAGCAACCACUGCCAAAGUCUUUGAGUUGCUGAAUCAGGCCGGACUUAAGACCGCUUUCGUUAGAGUCGAAGGGGAGACUUCAUUCAUCGCGAAAAAAUGUGAAAUGGUGCCCAUUGAGUGGGUCACUAGGCGAUUGGCCACUGGAAGUUUCCUGAAGAGGCACCCCGGGGUUCCCGAGGGCUUUCGCUUCAAUCCACCUCUUCAGGAGACCUUUUUCAAGGACGACGCAAAUCACGAUCCUCAGUGGUCGGCCCAGCAAAUAGUCUCAGCUAAAUUCAAGCUCAAUGAUGUGAUAAUUGGCCAAGACGAGUAUGAUAUCAUGAACCGCACGACCCUGACUGUUUUUGAAGUGCUGGAGAGGGCAUGGGCCACCCGCGACUGUGCGUUAAUCGACAUGAAAAUCGAGUUUGGAAUUGAUGCCAAUGGAGAAAUUCUCGUCGCCGAUAUUAUUGAUAGUGACUCCUGGAGGCUCUGGCCCUCUGGUGAUAAGAGACUCAUGAAGGACAAGCAGGUGUACAGGAACUUGACGACGGUAACAGAUGCUGACUUGACAACAGUGAAACGUAACUUCGAGUGGGUGGCAAAUCAGCUGGAGUACCUGGUGCCACCCCCAAGUUCAAAAGUCGUCAUCUUCAUGGGUUCUCCCUCGGACGAAGAGCAUUGCAAUAAAAUCGCGAGAUACGCAGCUACUCUGGGAGUGAAAGCAGAAUUGCGCGUUACGAGUGCCCACAAGGCCCCAGCAGAGACUCUAAAGAUUCUCUCAGAGUACGAGGGAACUGGGGAAAAGGUGGUACUGGUUGCUGUUGCUGGGCGGUCCAAUGGUCUUGGGCCAGUACUUUCUGGCAACACAGCACUGCCGGUCAUCAAUUGCCCACCCGUCAAGCCUGAUAACGUCCAACAAGACGUUUGGUCUUCAUUGAACGUUCCUUCAGGUCUCGGCUGUACUACAGUGCUCUAUCCCGAGAGUGCAGCCCUGGCAGCAGCUCAAAUCCAUGCACUCCACGACCACCUGGUGUGGUCCCGCCUGCGUGUCAAGCAGCUCACAAAUUUUAUAACAUUGAAACGAGCUGACGUCAGACUGCGAAACUAAUCUGCAUGCAAACAACUCGUUCGACACAUGCAACAGAAGAAAACGUGACAGAUGUUGAUGGUAGCAUUAAUCGUCUACGCCCUUCUACUUCUACUGCUGGUCAUUCUUUACUGGAUACAAAUUUACAAUAUUCGGAUACUCCCUACGAAGCAACUGUUCGAGUAACUGGGCAAUGGAAUAUUCGGCAUUUUUUUUAAAUAAUGAUCAUUGGUAUUUUUGUAAUAAAUAAAAAAUUCUCCAGAGAUA